AUGACUGCCAAGGAGGUGACCAAGUUCGAAAAUGCAUGCGCGGCGAGGGCCAUGGUGGUACCCCGCUGGCUGCCUGGGAACAACGUCUUUUGGUACAAACGGAGUCUACCAUCGGAUAAGUGGCAAUUCAUCUUUGUGGAUUGUGCACGAGGCACUGCACAACCAGCAUUUGACCAUGCCGCUCUUGCAACGACGCUCAGCAGCGUCGACGGCGCCGCCGCCAGCGAGUCGCUAGACGCGGACCAGUUACCCCUCACCUGGCUCAAUGUCGACCCGGACGGCGCGUGGGUGCGCUUCCGCUACGCAGACAAGAUCUGGCAGUUUUCCAGGACCAACGCGCUCGAGGUCUGGUGUGGAGAGUUUGAGGAGGACCAGUUUGAACAAGAUUAUGACAUAACGAAGCCCUCUCCGAGGACGUCGCCUGGUCGGUCCUCAGUGACCAUUGUUAAUCUGACAAACGUCAUGCUCGGGUACUACUGGAUCGACCACGACGGCAAUAAUGAGCGUCGUAUCGAUCAGGUGCUUCCCGGAGAUUCUUUCCCGUUUACAUCCCCGAUUGGCUACAGAUUCCGCUUCUGGGAAGCCUGUAGCGGGCGUAACGUGGUGCUGGAGUUGAAGCAAGAACGUGGCAUUGUCAACAUUGAGGACCGGCGUGAGGGUCUAGGAGUCAGCUGGGACAAUGGCCUUGAUGUUGCGUGCGAGACCGAGUCUCCUCAAGCUACCGAAACCGUAAGCAAACCAGACUAUGAGACGUUUAUUCGACGGUAUAAUCUGUGGAUGCGCAAAGAUAAAGUCGAGACGCAGGUCUCCUUUGACGGCUUCGAGGACAACCGCUACCAAAACGCCUCGGUGGCGCCGGGCGGGCGGUACGCUGUAGCGAUGCAAACUAGACAAGGAUCUAGAUAUCCGUUGGAGCUCAAAAACUCUGUGCCAGAUGACCAGCUCCGUCCCAAGGUGUUGAGCCACCACACCAACAAGAAUGGCUGGCGGAGAGCCGGCGACCACCUGGACACGGACCGACCUCGCCUCUUUGAUAUGCAUGCACGACGUGAGAUAGCAAUCAAUGAUGCCUUGUUUUUGAACCCUUAUCAAAUCCAACGCAUCGGAUGGUCAGACUGUGGCAACAAGUUUCGCUUCAUCUUCAACGAGCGCGGACACAAGCAUGUGCGACUGCUGGAAAUUUCCACCGACGGCGCCGUCAAAGUGCUGGUCGAGGACAGCAGCGACACGGUCGUCGACUAUAACCAGAAACUCUGGUACAAGAUGCUGCCUGCGACAAACGAGGUUCUCUGGGCCAGCGAGCGCGACGGAUGGAACCACAUUUACCGAUUCGACUUGUCAGACGGAAGGCUCAAGAACCAGGUCACCAAGGGCGAGUGGGUGGUCAAGUCGGUGGAAAGUGUCAUCAUCAAGGAGCAGAGAAUUUGGUUCACGGCAUGUGGCGCCAUUCCGGGCCAGGAUCCAUACUAUGAGCAUCUAGCCUGCGUCCAUUUCGACGGAUCCGACUUUCGACUGGUGACGAGCGAGGACGGGAUGCACAGCUGGAAGUUUAGCCCCGACCGCCGAUACAUUAUUGACACGUGGUCCCGCGUUGACCUUUUGCCGCAUACGGCCGUGGUAGCGGUGGCUUCUUCCCAGCAGGUUGCCUUUUUGCAAAAGGAAGUCGUCGACUCUGAGCUCGCAGGAAAAUAUGUACCGCCGGAGCGGUUUACCGCCAAGGGCAGAGAUGGAGAGACGGAUAUCUACGGCGUCAUUGUUCGCCCGCACAACAUGGACGAGACGAAAAAGUAUCCCGUCAUCGAGGUCAUUUACGCCCACCCAUUCCAAUACUUUACGCCAAAGCGCUUUGCCAGCACCGGCGGAUCUCGGAGGAGGGCGGGCGACAGCUACGUCGUCGUCUUGAUUGACGGCAUGGGCACCAACGGGCGCUCCAAGGCGUUUCGGGACGUUGCCUACAAGAACCUCAACGACGCGGGCUUCCCCGACCGCAUCAAGUGGAUGCAGACGGCUGCCAGCACGCGGCCCUGGAUGGACACAUCCCGCGUCGGCAUCACGGGCGGCUCCGCCGGCGGGCAAAACGCGGCCGCGGCCGUGCUGCACCACCACGACUUUUACAAGGCGGCCGUGGCGCUCUCGGGCUCGCACGACAACCGCAUGAGCGACGGCAAGUGGGCCGAAAUGUACAUGGGCUGGCCGGUGGACGAGAGCUACGAGAGGAACUCGAAUUGCGCAAAUGCGAGCAAGCUGGGCGGCGCGCUCAUGCUGGUGACGGGCGAGGUGGACAAUGUGGUUGAUCCGUCGACGACGAUGCGCAUGGCGAGUGCGCUGAUUGAUGCGGACAAGGACUUUGACUUGGUGGUUAUACCGAAACACGGCCAUUAUAUGAAUGGCGUAGAGUGGCUGGCAAGAAAAGAGGCACAGUUUUGGGCGAGGCAUUUAUUGAAUUAG